AUGGGUUCCCCUUGGCCAUUUGCUGCUUGGGGCAUGGAUGUUAUUGGACCCAUAGAGCCUCCCGCGUCAAAUGGACAUCGUUUCAUUCUGGUGGCUAUCGAUUAUUUCACAAAAUGGGUCGAAGCUUCGACAUACAAGGCAGUGACUAAGAAGGUAGUGGCAGACUUUGUUCGCAACAACAUAGUUUGUCGGUUUGGAAUUCCAAAAUCAAUCAUAACAGACAAUGCAGCCAACCUCAACAACGAUCUUAUGAAGGAAACUUGUGAAAGGUUCAAGAUUGCUUAUCGAAAUUCCACGGUUUAUUGGCCACAGAUGAAUGGAGCAAUUGAGGCCGCAAAUAAGAAUAUCAAGAAGAUCCUAAGAAAAAUAGUGGACAGUCAUAGGCAAUGGCAUGAAAAGUUACCGUAUGCUUUACUUGGUUAUCGUACCACAAUCAGAACGUCAACUGUGACAACUCCUUAUAUGUUGGUUUAUGGUUCGGAAGCAAUAAUAUCUUCCGAGGUGGAAAUACCAUAUUUAAGGAUUAUCCAAGAGGGUCGUUACAAGGUUGGUCUAGACGAUGCGGAAUGGAUACGUAGCAGACAUGAACAGUUGAUGGUCAUUGAUGAAAAAAGGAUGGACGCGGUUUGUCAUGGACAACUCUAUCAGAAUAGAAUGACCAAAGCCUUCAACAAGAAAGUCAGACCUCGACAGUUCACACCGGGGCAGUUAGUAUUGAAGAAGAUCUUUCCUCACCAAGGAGAAGCCAAAGGGAAAUUUGCACCAAAUUGGCAAGGACCCUACAUGAUUCAUAGAGUACUCUCAGGAAGAGCGGUAAUCUUAGCAGAAAUGGAUGGAAGAGUUGCAAAUACAAGGGUGCGACAGAAUGCAGCAGACGAGGUUGCUUCUUCUAACUCAAACGUGUGUAGGACGAGGGGCAAAUCCAAAGAGUUUACCGAUACAACCUUAUAUUCUAAGUCGGAAUUCAAAUCUUCAACUAAUGCUCUUCGAAAGAAUCCGAAGAAGAUUCUUGAAGAGUCUGAGUUUCUGAAGUUUAUUGUUGAUUCAAUAAAAAAUGUCGAUGAUCGUAAUAACGUCACCCCUCUAGAAGAGAAGGAACAUGUUUCUGUCAAAGAAACACUUCCUUUAGUAUUCCGAUUUGAAGAUGAGGAACCUCUUCCCCCAGAGAAAGAAGAAUGA